ACCAGCUUCUCGAGCAGGAUCCAGCCUUUCGAGCUCGAUCCCCUUUUCUCUCGCUCUGAUCUCUCGAGAUGGAGAAUUCGAAGGAGAUGAUCGCUGCCUCUUCACCAUCUGAAGCUAAUUCCAUCGCCGAAGCCGAUUCUCAUCUCUCUGCUCUUCUCUACGAUGUGUCUCAGGAGGUGCAAGUUGCUUUAGAGAAUAUGCUGAAGAUGACUAGUGAGAUAAAUCAAAGUGCUGGUGAGAUAUCGAGAGAGAUAGAGAAGUGCAGGCAGUCCGAAAGUGCCAAGAAUAAGAUUUUGGAAGAGGAAAAAGAGCGUUUCCAGAAAGCUGCUAUUGCUGUGUUACAAAUGCUCCGUCACAAUUAGAUGCUAUAUUCUAUGAAGGUGAUCAGAAUAUAUUGUUUGUAUAGUACUAUGCAUACUUUGGUAGUGUACCAGUGUAACUAGUGUUUUUUGUUGGUUCAAUAUGGAGUUACAUGAUGAUUCUGCUUGA